AUGGGUCCUAUCACCUUCAUGAAUGCCUCCAGAGUCACAGAAUUCACCUUCUUGGGUCUUUCCAAAUCUGGACCAACUCAGCUUCUUCUAUCUGUCCUGGUUAUGAUGUGUUAUACUGCCAUUCUGUUGGGAAACCUCCUCAUUGUAUUGACUGUGCAUAUAGAUCCACGUCUUCUAAAGUCACCCAUGUAUUUUUUCCUAGCUAAUUUAUCCAUCCUUGAUACUGCUUUGGGUUCUGUAGUUGUUCCCAAGUUAGCAACAGACUUGAUCACCCAAAGCAGGACUAUCUCAUUUGGGGACUGUAUGUCCCAGCUCUUUUUCUUACACUUCUUUGGGGGUUCAGAGAUGCUCCUCCUAACCCUCAUGGCUUAUGAUCGCUAUGUAGCCAUUUGUCAUCCACUGACAUACACAACCACGAUGAACCGUCCACGCUGUAUUAGGCUGCUGUGUUUCUGUUGGGUUGGAGGUCUCCUUCACUCUUCCAGCCAGGUGUUCCUGGUCCUACGGCUGCCAUUCUGUGGGCCAAAUGAAGUGGACAAUUUCUUUUGUGAUGUUCCACAGGUAGUCAAACUGGCUUGUGUUGAUACCCAUGUCACUGAGAUACUCAUGGUGGCCAACAGUGGCUUGCUCUCCCUGGUUUGCUUUGUCAUCUUGCUGAUCUCCUACGGCAUCAUCCUGAGCACGCUUCAAGGCCGCUUCAAGAAGAGUGGAGGGAAGGCUCUAUACACCUGUAGCUCUCAUUUGACAGUGGUCAGCCUUUUCUUCCUGCCUUGCCUCUUUGUGUACCUUGUUCCCAUCUUCAGUGCCACUCUGGACAAAGUGUCUUCUGUAUUUUAUACCACAAUUACUCCUUUCCUUAAUCCUAUGAUAUAUUCUCUAAGAAAUCAAGAAAUUAAAGAGGCAAUGGGACGGGUGAAGAAAAAAUGCAUUUUUUUCCAUUGGUCUUAGAAAAAUGGGAAACCAUGAGUAGAUGCUUCAGAAAUCUUUGUGAUUUCACAGAUUUGCUUUAUAGGAAUAAUUCUUCUUACUACUAAAGGAGUAAUUGCAGAACUGUUCAACAUACAAGUCCAAAUCCAUGUAUGGUCACUCAAAUCCCCCAAGGAGAAGAAAGUAAUCUUUCUCAAAGCCUUUGUUUGUUUGUUUGUUUGUUUAUUGGUUUGUUUGUUUAGAAAAUUUACAUAGUUACUCAUGUUACAUGUAAAAAACAUGGAGUUAAUGAUGAGGACUAUUUAAUAAAAUCGCUUGUAAU